AUGGCCAAGAGAACGUGGUCGGACUCUGCUGCAGCGACCAGUGCUGAUGCGGCGGCCCCGACACCAGCUCGUCCAAAUGGGAAUGGGAGAACUGCUUCUCAUCGGCAGAGCAUCACGGGAGUUGUGUCCAAUGACGGUACUGUUCCUCAGAUCUCACGCAAGAUCAAGGCGUGUGCAGCAUGUAGAAAACACAAGAUCAAAUGUUUGAUGGAUGAAAGUGGCCCGCCAUGUCGAAGAUGCGCAGAGAGAAAUCUAGGCUGUGUCUUGAGCAAAAGUCUCCAAACUAUCAUGGAUGAAAAGUCACAAUUCUCCGAAUCAGUUGUGCAAGAUCUAGAGCAAAUGCACAGCGCUCUAAGACAAGUCAUGACCAAACUCAACCUCCCUGAACUGCCACCCCUGCAAAGCAUCAAUUCCCGCGAGGAAGGGUCACCACCAAAAGACGACCAUGCAAAUACGUCACAUCAGCUCUCAGUAUCACAAGAGGAAUUCCGCGGUCCUUCAUGUGAUAACUCACCCAAAGCGACGCCCGAAGAUGAGGGCCUUCCUUAUGUGCCUAUUCACUCACUUUACACCCUCACUAAACUCAGUGCUCUUCGAUCACCCGAUAACCCCGAAGCUCAGAAGGGAAACGCUAUCAACGACUUUAUCGCUCGCGGUGCGCUCUCGCUAGCGGAUGCAGAAAGUCUCUUUUCUCUGUAUCGCGACCGCUUGGAUCGGUAUAUGUACGGCAUCGGCUGUCGGUACAUGACCCUCGAAGAGCUUCGCCGUAAAAGUCCAAUUCUCUCCGCCGCAACACUCACAGUGGCUGCACUGCACGACCCAAAAGCCGACAACAUCUACGGAAUCUGCAGUGGGGAGUUCCGACGGCUCAUGGAAAAGUCAAUGUUUGAGCGCCGCAUUGAUCGUGAUUAUCUUCGUGCUAUGUGUGUUGCUUCAUAUUGGCUUAGUGAUCUUUCUUGGAUGCUUUCAGGAUAUGCCAUUCGACGCGCGGCGGAGUGUAAUUUACAUAAUAGCUAUAAUCAGGCUAUUAAGGAGCAGAGUCAGGAGGCGGCGGAUUGCGCGCGGUUGUGGUAUAUUUUGUAUAUCUGUGAUCAGCACCUUGCGACUUUGUAUGGACGGCCUUCGAUUGUUCAGGAGGAUUCGUCGAUUCAGGGAUGGGAGCAGUUCUUAAAAUCGCCGGUUGCGACGGAGGAAGAUAAGCGGUUGACUGGCCAGGUCAUGCUGGUUAGUAUUCUGCGAAACAUUCGAGAGCUCUUUGGGACGGAUAAGGGGGAGCCGAUUCCGAGGGUAUACUUGAAUCAUAUACUGCAGUUCAGACGGCAGCUGGAUGAGUGGUAUACUCGAUGGAUGGGAGAACUGCCUGAGCAAUGGACCCAAAUCGGCUCAUUCCCUCGAAAAGGAACCAUUCUUCACUACAACUUCGCCCAGAUCCAUCUCUACUCACACAUCUUCCGCGGUCUCUCCAACGACGCCCCGAUCCCUCACUAUUUCCUCGACUGCGCCAUGCAAGCCGUCAACGCCGCAACCGCCAUUAUCGACCUCAUAAUAACCGACCCAGACGUCGCAGUCGGCAUCGUAGGAAUGCCCUCGUACAUGCUCUCCAUGACGGCCUUUGCCUGCAUGUUCCUCAUAAAAGUGGCAGUCAAGUACGGCAGCGAUCUCAUCGAGCGCCAGCGCGUCCACGACCUCACGACGAAUCUGGUCCGGCAGUUUAGGUCGCUCAAGGCUGGGAAGUGGCAUCUUGCGAAUCUCAUGGCGGGCGGGCUGGAGCGCAUGACUGCUACGCUUGCGACGCCGGAUCUGGGACAGGUGCAGCCUGCGGUGUAUAAUAAUGCAGUUGAGCAUGUUGACAUGGUUAUGCCGGGGAACCAGGUGUACACUGACAUGGAUGGGGAUACGUUCUUUGACUACGAUAUGAGUUUUGGGCUUUCGCCGGUUUUUAGGUUCGAUCCGAGUAUGUUUACGGUUGAUGCUUCGGGACAGUCGCUUCCGACGUAUCCUGAGGCUGAUUAUGGGAUGAGGCCGCAAUAG